AUGAAGUUGCUAUCGACUUUACAAUUUGCAGUUUUCUGCCUCAAUGCUCUGGCUACGGCAUCUCCUUUUGGGGACCAUGCCGUCCACGAGGAGAGACGAGGAAUAAGCUCACGAUGGGUGAAGCGAAACCGAGUGCCAGCUUCCAAGCGUUUACCGGUGCGCAUUGGAUUGACCCAGUCCAACCUCGAUCGUGCAGAAGAGUAUCUCUUGGACAUUUCUCACCCAAAGUCGCCUAAUUAUGGCAAAACGUGGACAUCUGAUGAAGUCGUUGCGGCUUUUCAACCCAGUGAAACGGCUGUGCAGGCUGUGCGCGAGUGGUUAGCCAGCCAUGGUAUUGUCGAAGUGACACAUUCUGACAACAAGGGCUGGUUGGCCUUUGAUGCGCCAGCAGCCAAGGUGGAAGAACUAUUUCAAACUGAAUAUUACGAGCACGAAGACCGGAACACUGGUGGUCUCGUUCCAUCUUGCGAUAAGUACCACGUGCCUCAGAAAAUCCAAGAACACAUCGACUACAUUACGCCAGGCACGAAGCUCAUGGCUCCCGAGGGUAUUGUAAGCGACUUGAAAGUCAAGAGAGACGCGCAAAGGACCCGCCGUGGAAAUCGGCUCAAGCUUCCAGCCAAGCAAAAGCUGUCAGAGAACCUCCACAGCCUACUGUCAAGCAAUGCGAGCGAUCUGAGUACUUGCGAUGUGGCAAUCACGCCAGCCUGUGUCGCCGCUCUGUACAAUAUCCCUCCUGGCAACUCGUCGGUGGCAAACAAUUCUCUGGGCAUUUUUGAAGCCGAGCUUCAAUAUUGGGACCAAGAGGACCUUGACUUGUUCUUUGCCAAUUUUAGCAGCUGGAUUCCUCAGGGCACUCAUCCUUUUGACGAGGAGAUUGAUGGCGGAGUGGCCCAGACUGAUAAUAUCUCUCUCGCUGGCGGCGAAUCCAUGCUGGACUUGCUUCUUGCGUAUCCCAUCGUGUACCCCCAGACAAUCACAGUCCUCAAUGUGGAUGACAUCCACUACCAAACAUGGGAGAACGAUACUUAUACCUGGGGAUUCAACACGCUUCUAGAUGCCAUUGACGGUUCUUACUGUACAUAUAGCGCCUUCAACGAGACUGGUGACUUGCCCAACUGGGACCCGACAUAUCCGGAUCCGGGUCCAGACGGAUACAAUGGAACUCUACAGUGUGGCGUAUUCGAGCCGCCCAAUGUCCUGUCACUGUCAUACGGAGGCCAAGAAGCCGACGUGCCCAUUUCCUACCAGAAGCGCCAGUGCAACGAGUACCUCAAACUCGGUCUGCAGGGCGUGACCUUUGUCUUUGCGUCGGGCGACUCGGGCGUCAGCAACUACCCCGAGCCCUACGGAGACGACGGACCGACGGGCUGCCUGGGACCCGACUUGAACAUUUUCAACCCGACGUGGCCAAACAACUGCCCCUGGCUGACCAACGUCGGUGCCACAAAGGUGUAUCCGGGAUACACUGUAUUUGAUCCCGAGAGCGCCGUAUUUGAUCCCGGCCGGGUCAACUACUCGUCCGGCGGCGGCUUCAGCAACGUGUUUCCCGUGCCCGACUACCAAAAGGCGGCUGUGAAUGUCUUUUUUGAAGACCACGAGCCGAGCUAUCCCUACUACGAGGGUCUUGUGGAGAAUGCCAGCAACUACACGCUGCCAAACAUUACUGCGCUGGCAGGAAACACCGGAGGCGUGUAUAACCGCAUUGGAAGAGGAAUUCCCGACGUUGCGGCGAAUGGUGACAACAUUGCCGUCUUUGUCGGCGGAGAGUUCGGCCUCAGUGGUGGCACGAGUGCAAGCACGCCAAUUUUUGCCUCCAUCAUCAACCGAAUCAAUGACGAACGUAUCGCCAUUGGCAAGAGCCCAGUCGGCUUCAUCAACCCUGUACUUUACGAGCACCCGGAAGUACUCAAUGACAUCACAAACGGAACCAACCCUGGCUGUGGUACCGACGGUUUCAGUGCCGUAGCUGGAUGGGACCCAGUCACCGGCCUCGGUACGCCUAAUUACCCGAAGAUGUUGGAGUUGUUCUUGUCUCUUCCCUAA